GUUCUAGUGCCUCACAAAAACUUAAAAGAUGAAAUACUUCGUUGCUAUUGCCCUCAUCGCCGCCGUGGCUUCGGCCACCUACGUCAGGCCUACCCCAGUGUCGGCUGAGCUGGCCGAGAUCCAGGAGAUCGUCGCCGCCAUCAACAGCCCCAGCACCAACCCCGCCACCGCUGCCGCUCUCGAGGAGAUGCUCUGGGAUGUCCUCGGAGUCAACCCUGAGCCCAUCUCCGUCGGACCCGCUAUUGUGGACUUCCCCAUCGCGCCCGCCCCUGUCGUCAACCCCACUCCCGUCGCCCCCUCUCCGGUAUCUAUAGUAGACGGCCCCGCCCCUGACAACAGUGCUGCUCUGGUCCAGAUCAUCCUGAACAUCAACCAGGGUGCUGCUGUCGACACUGUCAUUGGCCACGAGCCCGUGACCGUUGUCGAAGAGGCUCCCAUCCCUGCUGACCCUGUGAUCGUUGUGGAGGAGGCUCCCGUGCCCGUCGAACCUGUCAUCGUUGCCGAACCCGUGUUCCCCUCUCCCGCCAUCACCCUUCCCGAGGAACUGAACUAAGAAGUUUCCGAAGAAACGACACUUCCGAAAUUAACUUUUGCAUUUGACCCAAUUUAAGUAGAGUGAAUAAGAGAUACAAUUUUUGUUUA